CUUGAAUAAAGAUACAACCCUUGCGCAAACAGAAAUUUGUGAAGGAAGAUUUGACUCCAUCCACGGAUCUCACACUAAUCCAGGAAAUUAUCAAAGAAACGGAUGGAAUCGUAUAACAAUCAUGAGCCAAAAUCCUAGCAAGUUUAAAGUUCUCCCUGGAAAACCGGGGUCAUUUGCUGUACCAGGAGCGGGAUGUGAUCCUAAUAGUUAUUAUGUAGCAACUGCACAGGUUCGGGUUGACUUUCCGGACGGACAAAGCGGGUUUAUGAGUCCCAAUCCACAAAGUGCAAUAAGUGUACCCGUCAAAUGUUAA